AUGUGGUUCAUCAGCGCCUCGACGAGUGCAAUCUUUUUGCUGAGCAUCGUUCUCCUAAUACCCAUUGCCUUCGACGUUGGCGGUCGCGAUGCCGGUCUAGCUUACUCGCUAUCCCUCUUCAUCUUCUACCUUAUCUACAGCACCAGCAAGCUCCUUACUCCGGAGAGUUCACGAGUCCGCUGGUUCUUCACUAGUAGUGUCGGCUUGUCGCAAUGGAUCAUCAUUCCAGCCCUUCUCAUCUGGUCUCUGAAUAGGUUCUCAGUGGAUGCUGAGAACGCCGGCUGGGUAUCGCGCACCUUCUCAUCUGCCACUGCGAACCACAAGCCCAGCACUUGGGGCGAAUACUUCUUUGGCCAGCAUGGAUUUGUCGAGAAUGUCGCUCUGGGAGCUUGGGACAAGACGCUGAGUUACUCGAGCCCUGUUUUCCAACUGCUGGAGGGUUUCUGCACUCUCUUGGUGAUACAGACUGCUGGCCGGGUUGCAAGAUGGCUCGUCACUCGCGGUGGAGGCGAUACAUGGAUGAUAUUCCUUCUUGCCUUUUCUGGUUCCAUCAUCUCCAGUGCCGUUUACUUCCUCUGGAGGGUUGCGCACUUCCCCGAAAUAAACACCAUCGAUGCCACACUCAUUGGAGCUACAAUGACGUCGGCCGUAUUCCUGGGAGCAUAUGGAAUUGGUAGCGGGCGCGGCAACGCCGUAGAGUCAUCUCUCCUCUUUGCCUACAUCGUUCUAUGUGUCUAUCAGAUCUUUACCGACUAUCAGCCGUCUGCCGAAGCUGCUGCUGCGGCCGAGCAAGCGGCCUCGCUUCAGCCCGAUUUCCCGCCUCUGCCCCCAAUCAUCAUGGCAUCCUAUUCGACAUUGAUGCACAUCCUCAGCAGUCUGCCCGAAGCUUUCAACACUUCUUUCCAGUUCCUCUAUGCCGCAUUCCAAACUAUUACACCGAGCGUCAUAAUCUCGCUGACCUACCGGAUUAUCGUCUUCUACUGCGCCACCCGCAUCAUUCCGGCUGUUCGGGAGCUCGGCGCCAGAGCUCUCAUGGACGAGCCAAGCUUACUGGAAGAGACCGACGGGGCUAACCGCCUUGUAGGCUUCCUCAGCUGGUUCUCUCCUUCGAUCCUCAUCGCCGUGUACACGAGCUUAUUGCUGCAGCACUUCAGCGUAUCCAACAACGGUGAUGAUAUCGGGUGGACUCUCCGGGCUGGUGACGCCGGUGGAAACCCGUGGCGUUGGGUCAACGUCGCUGCCACCAUGGGACUCUACGCUGUCGAGCUUUAUCUCGGGGAGAGGAACGAAGGAAUGCACUGGAGAGCGGACUGAAAAAUGCCAAAAGGUGUGCGUCAGUGUUACUUCGUCAUCGCAGACGCAAUCUAGAAAAGCUUUUGUCAGCUUUAGAUAUGAAAAUCAGUGGCCAAGACAGGUCACCUGGGAACAAGCAUCAAGUCAACAUCAUCUGUUGAGACGUUUGUUUACCCC